CGGAGCAGUGGCCGCUGAGCCCGCGGGGGUAAGGGGCCGCGCGGGGCCGGGUCUUGGGGCCGGGAUCGGGCAGCUGAGCGUGCUCACAGCCCUCCUCUCCUCUGCCAGGCACAGCCGAGCUCCUGCUUCUCCGGGCCUGCUCCCCGCACCCAUCCCUAGGUGCUGUCCCCGACAGCGUCGCGCUCUCCAGCCGGCCCCCUGCAUCUCGGGGGACCCUCUCCGCCGUCCCCGGCGCCAUGGCGUGCAGCCUCAAGGACGAGCUGCUCUGCUCUAUCUGUCUGAGCAUCUACCAGGACCCGGUGAGCCUGGGCUGCGAGCACUACUUCUGCCGCCGCUGCAUCACUGAGCACUGGGUGAGGCAGGAGGCUCAGGGCGCCCGCGACUGCCCCGAGUGCCGGCGCACGUUUGCCGAGCCCGCGCUCGCGCCCAGCCUCAAGCUGGCCAACAUCGUGGAGCGCUACAGCGCCUUCCCGCUGGACGCCAUCCUCAGUGCACGCCGUGCUGCGCGACCCUGCCAGGCACACGACAAGGUCAAGCUCUUCUGCCUCACGGACCGCGCGCUGCUUUGCUUUUUUUGCGAUGAACCCGCGCUGCAUGAGCAGCACCAGGUCACAGGCAUCGAUGACGCCUUCGAGGAGUUGCAGAGGGAGCUGAAGGAGCAGCUUCAGGCCCUUCAGGACAGUGAGCGGGAGCACACGGAGGCGCUGCAGCUGCUCAAGAGACAGCUGGCGGAGACCAAGUCUUCCACCAAAAGCCUGCGGACCACCAUUGGGGAGGUCUUUGAGCGGCUGCACCGGCUGCUGCGGGAACGGCAGAAGGCCAUGCUGGAGGAGCUAGAGGCAGACACGGCCCGCACACUGACUGACAUUGAGCAGAAAGUCCAGCGCUACAGCCAGCAGCUGCGCAAGGUGCAGGAGGGGGCCCAGAUCCUGCAGGAGCGGCUGGCUGAAACUGACCGGCACACCUUCCUGGCCGGGGUGGCCUCGCUGUCUGAGCGGCUCAAAGGGAAAAUCCAUGAGACCAAUCUGACCUACGAAGACUUCCCAACCUCCAAGUACACAGGCCCCCUGCAGUACACCAUCUGGAAGUCCCUGUUCCAGGACAUCCACCCAGUGCCAGCCGCCCUGACCCUGGACCCGGGCACCGCCCACCAGCGCCUCAUCCUGUCCGACGACUGCACCAUCGUGGCCUACGGCAACCUGCACCCACAGCCGCUGCAGGACUCACCGAAGCGCUUCGAUGUGGAGGUGUCGGUGCUGGGCUCUGAGGCCUUCAGUGGCGGCGUCCACUACUGGGAGGUGGUGGUUGCGGAGAAGACCCAGUGGGUGAUCGGGCUGGCGCACGAAGCCGCGAGCCGUAAGGGCAGCAUCCAGAUCCAGCCCAGCCGCGGCUUCUACUGCAUCGUCAUGCACGACGGCAACCAGUACAGCGCCUGCACCGAGCCCUGGACGCGGCUCAAUGUCCGCGACAGGCUCGACAAGGUGGGCGUCUUCCUGGACUACGACCAAGGCCUGCUCAUCUUCUAUAACGCCGAUGACAUGUCCUGGCUGUACACCUUCCGCGAGAAGUUCCCCGGCAAGCUCUGCUCCUACUUCAGCCCCGGGCAGAGCCACGCCAAUGGCAAGAACGUGCAGCCGCUGCGGAUCAACACGGUCCGCAUCUAGUGCCGCGGAGGGAGACCGCAGGCCUGAGCAUGGCCACCAGCGAGAGCCCUGCCCCGGAGAGCGGAGGCCGGGACUCCAGCCCAGCCGGGCCAACCUGAUAUCUCAGGCCUGUUGUUUACCCUCGUUUCCCUGUAAAAUGGAGGUUUGCUCCACGAUUCCGAAGCUCUUCCAGCAUUGAUGUUCUGUAGCUCUGACCUUACUGGGGAUGCAGCUUUGGUCCAAGGGUGUGACGUGGCUUCUCCUCAGGGCAGCCCCUGCCCAACCCUCAUGCCCCUCCUCUCAGGGGCAGGGGACUGCGUCCCUAUGUCUCCCUCCUGCCCACAUGCCCUAAGCUCAGGAUGUGUCAGUGGUUGCCAGCAGUUGUCUGCCUGAAAGAGACACAGAACACUCUUAUGCUUCCAGGCCUAAGACUUGCCCCUGAUCAAGCUAGUGAUGGGCCGUUUUAACCUCAAUCCCAGCCCACAGUGGACACAGGCGGUAGCUAGUCCCAGGGUUGCCUGAGAACCACCUUCUCCUUCCAUCCCUGUACCAAGAGCUUCAUGAUUUUCCCACUUAUCUGUGGGUAGAAAUGAUGUGGCCUGUGGAAGCCACAGGCACAGGCCGUGUGAGCCCAAGGCACUCAUGUCAGAACUUACCAGCCAGGGAAGACUGUCAGUAGUUAAGCCCACAUGUUACGGUCACUGUGCCACCACCUUCCUGCCCACAGGUCUUAAGGCCAGAUAAUGGCACACCCGGACAUAGGACAAGCAUCACUGGAUGGUGGAGGUCCCCAGCAGCUCCAAACAAGGGUCCAGCCAGGCCUCUGUGACCAGGCUAGGGUGUAGCGAGGCUGUGGGGAGCAGUAUUUUAGUCAGGCCCUGAGCACUAGGGUGGGUGUCAGCUGGGCCCCCCUCAUCAAUCGUGGCAUCUGUCUCAGUUGGGAUCCUGUUGCAGAAAACAAGAGCUGCUUUAGCUUUAGACAAGGAUUUAUUGCCAGGUCCCUAGUGGCUUUGUAAAAUCAUUGGAAGGGCUGGAGGAGCAGACUCUGCUGAAUUUCCAGGAACAGCUCCCAGCCGCCAAAUUCAUCACGUCUGUUGAGACCAGGAACACUGCUCCCAUCUGCAGGAAGCCCCUGCAUCAAGAAGCCGCUGGCUGCAGAACUGCACUCACCCUGCUACUGUCCGCGCCAGUCAGUGGAUGUCCUGAGGGCUGCCUCCCCCCAUUCAAUUCAAUUUCCAGAUCCAAAUGUCUACGGG